GGAACGCGCGUGCGCCUUAGCAGCACAAUCGGAAAGAAAACCGAUUUGUCGUCUGCCUGCAGUGAAUUGCAUUGUUUUUAAUUCGAACCAGAAAUUUAUUUAUCGGGAUCAUUUUUGUGUACCGUGUGGCAGCAGUACGCGGUCAGACGACCGAAUCCAGUCGAACACAAAUAAAAUAAUCUUGAUCGAACCCGCGUUUAAAUUAGAGCGCAGGAAGUAAAAAAAUGUUUGUUUUGUUCGUCCCUGAAUCAUCCGAGUUUACCACUAGCUGUCAUCAUCAUGGUGUAGAAAUGAGUCCAUUAAAUUAAGUUUUCCCAACUCUUAAUUGCAUAAAAACAUUUCUGUUUGAUGCCCUUCUGGUAGAUAACGAUGUCCAACAGGCAUAUUCCAGCGGAUAAGAUAAACUUAAGAUUAAUCUUAGUUAGUGGCAAAACCAAAGAAUACCUGUUUAGUCCGAGUGAUUCUGCUGGAGACAUAGCUCAGCAUGUUUUUGACAAUUGGCCAGACGAUUGGCGUCAGGAAUCUGUAUCAAAGGCUGAAAUACUUAGACUUAUUUAUCAGGGGCGUUUCUUGCACAGCAACGUGACUUUGGGUGCAUUAGGAUUGCCUUUUGGAAAGACGACUGUCAUGCAUUUGGUGCCUAGGGAAAACCUCCCGGAACCAAAUUCACAGGAUCAACGACAAAAGAGUAAAGGUGGCAACAGCAGCUGCUGCUCAGCCUCAUGUUCCAUUCUGUAAUUACAACUUUCUUGAUGUAACCACAGAUUCAAUACUUACCUGUUUUAAUUCAAAGAUAAAAAAAGGUUUUAAGUAGGUAAAUAUAGUGUAAGGUGCGCAUGUUUGUAUGUUCGAGUGUGUAAAUGUGAAUAUUGUAUUAAUGUAUUUUAUUUUUGCGUGGAACCCGCGUUUCAUUAUUAAAUUUGUGAUAUACCCGUCAGUGUAAAAAGAAUAUGAUACUCAUGUGGUAGACUGUUGAAGCUUAGGAGAGACUAUUGAAAAAAAAAUUAUGUGAUGUGUUAAGAGUUUUGAAAGGUCCUGUUUUUAUUAGCAUGGCUAUAACCAAGUGGUUUGCUUUUGACAUAUUAUCUUUUUCAAGUAGUCUCUCCAAUAGAACAAGCAGCAUUCACUCUUUUAACUAACUAAUGUAAAUGAAAGAUCAGAAUUAUCAUUAUUGUAAUUAUAUGUUGUUUUUAAAUUAGUGAAAUGUUAUUUAAAUUUUUUUUGUUUAUUGAACUAUUCAUAUCGUGAGAUUUACAUUUUCUCAUUAGAAUCAUCAUUCCUAUUACUUUUCAAGAAGAUAAUAAUAUGAGAUAAGGAUAUGGAAACACUAACAUUUAUAUUUUUUUUUUUGGUACCUUGUACAGCAAAACUAAUUAAAUUAAUAUUUAUGUUGGUACAUUUCAUCAAUUCCAUUGAAAACACAGCUUUAAUUAUGUAAAACUAUUUCUAUUAACUAGGGUGGGUUGGUAUUAGUCGUAAUUGCAUCAAGUAAAUAACAAAAAAAUAAAAGUUUCGGAUCAAUAUUUUGUUUUAGCAAUUAAUAAGUGUGGUACCGUAAAGUGGGGCUACUUUGUGACAGGGAUCAUUUUGUUUGAUAUUUAACGUGAAAUACAAUUUUGGCACAAAGUAACACCCAUGCUCUAUUUAUAUACAAAGAAUAUAAUAAUAUAAUAUUAAAAUUUUAAAUAAGGAUAUUUGAUAGAUAAAAACACAUAAAUAAUUACAAAAUAACUUUUAUUUUACAUGUCUAAAUGCUCUCAUGCAAAAUAUUAACAAAAUGUUGGUAACUUUAAACAAAAGAAAACUAAUAAAACUGGUAGUAAAUAAUAUUAAAUGAUACACCUGUGAUUACACAACAAAAUCAUUUGACUCUGGAAUGUCAAAUAACGCUCUUCUUCCACGUUGAAUUGAGGCAUUUAUGCCCAAAAUAAUUUCUUCAUUUCUAUAAAAUAUCUCGUCCUUCUUUUGGGGCCACUUCCACUGCUUUCCAACACGUUCCAUCACAUUUACUGUCGCUCCUAUGCUUUCCUUCAAAUUUAACAACGACGUACUUUCCCUCUGACUUUUCUGCUUUUUAGGCUACAGUUCUUUCUUCAAGUACCCGUUCAUCUUCAUCACAGGAAAAAUGUUCAUCCCAUGGACUGUCAUCAUUUUCCAUGUAUUUAAUUUGAUCCUGAUUUUCACUGGAACUAUCUGAUGUUGAUCCAUUAUCUCGACCGCUUUUUAGGCUUUUCUUUUUUGUUGGGUGCCGGAGGGUCCAGGUUGAGGGUCAUCGUUGUUUUGCGUAUUCUCAGCAGAAAUGGGAGCAGAUAGAAUGUUAAAAAUCACUACUACUUAUGCUUUUACCUGGUGGAACGUUUAGGCGCUUUCUUCUUUUGAUCUGCCUCCCUUUGGUUGCGUCAGUCCUUACAUUGGUAAGGUGUUGAAUAAAACUAUUACCCAUAACCUCAGCUAUUUCGGUAUCUGCUGUUACAAUACGAGUGCAUAAACGGUCCAUGACCUCGUUUCGAUCUAAAGGAUAAAUGCCUGUCUUUCUAAAACCAGAUCUUAGGCUAUCGGGUCCUCUUUCUUCUAACUGACUCGUCACCUUUUUAAAAAGGCUUGAAAAUUCAUCCUUUGGUAUGGAAGAGACUCUGUUGCCGUAGUUAUUUGCUAUAUAUAUGGUAUAUUGCCAUAUAUUUUCUGCAGGAAUUCCUUCUAACUCAAAUUCAAGCCUUCAAAUUAUCAAAGAAAUUUUUUUAGUUUCUUCAUCAGUGGCAGCUCUAUAGCAUGUGUAAUAUUCUGCGCGAUUCUCUGUGAAAGCUGUGGUGGUCGCUUCAAAAAGGACUUGACCCAAUCAGGUCAUGGCAUAUUGUUUUUAAAAGGCUUAACUUUUUUGCCUUGACGUUCUAUAUACGAUUUAACUAUACAUGUUAGAUCAAAUGUGCUUACGGGAAAACCAAAAUUUGACACAGUGAUAAUAUGGGCGGCAAAUGCAUCUUUCUUCUUGGUGGGUAAAUACUUUUUGUUGUCCAGGCCUGUUUUUGUGCCGUUCUUUAAUUUUUCAGCCAUAAAGUAUUUCGAUGUAUACCAUAUAUCAUAGCUUCAGCUAACGUUUCUUCUGUAUAGUUUUUGUAGCUGCGGCAGCCAGCUUUUUUUUUGUACGCCCUUGGCAUUGUAUCUAAAAGAAAACAAUUUUUUUGGUCUUUGUUUAACAGGUAAGGGGCUACUUUGUGACAUUUUUUUUUGUCACAAAGUCGGUCCUCGUUUUGUACUUUUUUCGUAAAAAUUGAAUAAUCAAUAAAAAAAAAACUCGAAAGUAUAGAAUUUUUACAGUAAAGCAAGCAAACAUAUUAUAUUUUAAUAUAAACUUACCUCAGUUAAAAAAUCUUUCAGGUUUUUUUGCGCUCAAUAGAAAGUUUACACACAAAUCGAAAAACAACUGUUUGCCUAAUUUUCAACUCUGCUCUGGUAUGAGGAGCGAUGUUUUGCUACCGGCUUUUGUCAUAUUGACCUAGAUGGCGCACCCGGUACACUAUUUGUUAUAUGAAAUUUAAAUAGUUCUACCGUUUUUAGCGACCUGGUAAAAAAAUUAAUUUUAGUUAAAAGUGGCAAUGUCACAAAGUAGCCCUACUUUACGGUAAAUCAAUACUAUAAAUAUAAAACCUAAAUAACGUUCUACAAGAAACAAAUGUUGCUUACCAAAUAACCACCUGGUUUAUACCUAUACCUGCCCUCCCUGGUCACAAAACUAUGUUGUACAUACAUAUAUUAAUUUGAACAUAAUCAAAACUCCAAUUUAUUAUUGUGCUCGCUCAUGUACUCGCAGAAUCAAAGAAUUUAUUUGCCACAAUCGAAGACAUUAUUAUUUAUUUUAUUAUUAGUGCAAUAUUAUCUUCAACCCCUUCAUUUACAAAUCAUACAUAUUUAUUUUUUCAUUGUUUAUUUGUGACUUCAUUCAUCCGUCAUGUUUCAGUAUUUUUUUUCUUUAAAUGACCUAAAAAUUAUUAUUUUUGUAUUAUAAUAUUAUCAUUGUGUAGACCUAUAUAUGUAAUAUAGCAAUAUUAUUCAGGUGGUGUCUAUAACUGUAUAUACUUAUUAUUGUAUUGAUUAAAUGGUUCUUAUAUAAUCUCUUCUAGCUUAAGACGUAGUAGAAAUCUUGACGAUAAAAGACGCAUACCUAAGUAUAGAAAAAGCUAGACUAAUUAUUAUUAUGGUCGGUUCAAAAGUUAAUUGUAUAUCACGAAUGAAUACUUAAGGAAAAAAAUAUUAAACACCCGAAUAUUAAGACGACAUCAAGAUACUUCAAAAGGGUUGAAUAUUUCAGCUUUAAACAUUCUUUUAGCCAUAAAAGUCUAUAAUUAGAUAAUUAACUUUAAGUAAGUAAUCUGAUGUAUAUCUAUGCAUGACUGUACUUAUUUUUUUUUUAGAGAAUCGCGUCCAAUCCAAAAAUUUCAUUUUCAAUAAUUUAGUCAAAAUGAAACAUCAAUAUUUAAAUAAUUAUUAACAUGUGUUUUUUAUAUUUGACAAAGUUCAAAGAAAAGCAAGAAAAAGUAAAAUGUUCUAUUUUGACUAAAAUUAAAAUAGGGCGAGUGUUUUUAAUCCCGUCAUUGGCAAAAAUGUGACUGUGAACUUUUUUUGAUAAUGAAAUCUCAAUUCUCACAAGCAUAAAUCAAGAGUGAAAUAUGCAAAAGGACCCAAGUGCCAUUUCACAAAUUUUAGUGCUAUAGUGUUACGUGCCAAUAUUAUUUUAAACUCAAAGUAACUUCUAAACUCUUUUUAAAACUACACUAUUUUAACGUUAGUUUGCGUGUUCACUCAUCUUUUGUAUAAGCUCUUCAUAAAAAACUUGGUUCUUCGGCUUUAGAUAAGGUACCAUAUUCUUAACUUCUUUGAUUUUUGCAGCAGGCCAUGCUUUUUUUUGGAUUUGAAUCAGAAAAUAUUACAGCUAGGUCUUUAAAAUACUCUAUGGUAGUAUGUACCUUAAAAAUAUUCACUUUGCGGUAUGGUGUUAAAUCAGAGUAGUUAGUUUUUCCUUCAACAGAACCCUCUUGUAACAGAUUUGCAUCUAUUUUAAUCAUUAUCAGUUUGUAGAGUCUCUUUUGUCAAUGACAUCCAGGCAAAGAAAUUUCCCGUGUGCUUGACUGUAAAAGGAUUGUUUUGUCUGGCGCUCCUAAUUAUUUUGAUUAAAUCACGUGAAACGGGUUUCUCCUUUCUUCUCACUUUUUCGAUUAGUCCGAAGUCCCUCACAAGACAGGAACGUAUGUCCUGUUUGUGGGAAUUUGUGCAGAAUUUCAUCAAAAACUCCUUUGGCAACAAGAGUAAUAUAGACUGCUGAGAUUCCUUGAUUUUUAUUUUGACCUCCGCAGUUGUCAGACCAUACAACCAAUGACUUUUUGGAAGUUUUCAGUUGAUUUGUCAGAAAGUCAAAAAUACAAGAACCUAUUUCGUUGCAACCACGUUUUCCAGUAGUUUCAUCCCAAAGGUAAAAGAAUCCCGUUCCCUUAUCUUCAUGGUGUAUACCAAAGUUCACACAAGCUAAUUGGCGACUGUAAUACAUCUGAGUUCUGAGUGUGUGUCAAUGAAGGUAUAUAGAACUGUUUUUGUAUAUAGAACUCUUCCAAUUUUGCAAUCAUUGCUCAUCAUUUUUUUUGCAGCUUCUGCUUUCUUAUGAUGUAAUUUUUGUUUCAAUUCCACGUCCUUUUUUUGUACGGGGUUGACAGCUUUUCUCAAAUCCACUUUAUAUAGGUCGCACUUGGGACAGGUAUCGACUCUUGGAGGGCCAAUGGAAAGAUUGAACUGAUGUUUGCCUCGAUACAGGUGGUGCAGUAUUAUUUUCGGUAUAUUUUAAAAGAAAAGCUGCAUGAAGUUUCCGGAUGCUAAGAUCUUCAGACAAAUAAUUUUUGGAACUUUUCUCUCUUCCAUAAUGACUUUCUCGUGUUGGGAUUGAGGAUAUAAACUCAAUGAUUUCCACGAAUAAUCUCUUCUGCUACGUUUUCCUCCUCGUUUUUCACGCAAUAUAAUGUCACUGCAUUUAACAAGCUUUUGACAGAUAAGUUUCACUCUUUUUACUCCAAUCGAAAAAUUAUCACAAAAUGUCUUUCUACAAACCUCCAACUUAGAGUUUCCAGGAAGAAGUAAAUAAUAUCUAUAGGUACGUUGCCUCCUGCUAGCUUCCGGGGUCUCAUAAGUGCCAUGUCUUCUGCGCUUUAUGUUAUCACAUUCUAUUAAAUGGUAGCCGAUCGAUAGUACUAGCCGUGACACUGGUUUCGUGGCGUCAAAAUUGAAGCCGAGAUUUGGUGGCGCACGCCGUACAGUGGAACGACUAAGUGGAGAUACCGCGGGACCUAAUAUUUUACAUUUUACAAGAUAAUAUAUUUUUUUUAUUAUUACGUAUUUUUAGGUAUAUGAUAAAUGUUUUAAAUAUUUUUUAUUAUUUAUUUUAUUGUAAAAAUAUACAUAAACGGUGUUUCAAAUUCGUCUACCCUCAAAAUACGAAAAUGGAUAAUUUACCCCAAAGUUGCACAUUAUUUACUUGUAAAAGAAUAUGCCAUAUAAAAAAAAUAUAUAUAUAUAUUUUAUGUGGUUUUGAAGAUUAUUGAAAAAAAAAACAAAUUUUCAAAAACUUAUUCUUAAUACUUUUGUGGGUUAUCUUGGUUGCUAUGGAAAAGUUUUUGCAUUGCUGUAUUACUUUUUCAAAAUAGUUUGGUAGUUUAAAAUUUUAAAUGCGUAAUCUUACUAUAAACUACAAUAAUAACUGCAGUAAAAUAUUAUUUCGAAUCAACGCAAAAUAUGUGCCCCAGCGCGGAAUUUUUGCCAUCGCGAUGCGGUCGUCACCUCGCAUGAUUUCGGCUUCUGUUGUGAGGUAUCGAUGGAAGCGGGGAUAAGUGUCCAGGCUAGAACUAUCGAUCGGCUACGAUUAAAUGCACAAAAAAUUCUGUUGUUCAGCAUAUUGCCCAUGGUCCCAGAACUUUUGAAAAACUUGCUUUCUUGCCUCGAGUGUCAACGCCUUGCAAGCAAAGUUGCACUUACAGGAUACCUGGAAAUUAAAGUAUUGAAAAUUGGCAUACCUCAGAAGGACCCUUCUUCCCUGGAACGAAGGAUUCUUUCUUUUUGAAAGGUUGUCCACUGUUUCUUUUAACUUGGCUAUCUUUACAAACGUCAUCAGUUUUGCUCCUUUUUUUCCUUUGAAUGUCUAUUGGUAUGUUAUCCAUGCUUGUAGAUGGAGCACUUUCAAUAUUUUCACUUAUUAUUUGCAAUUUCUCACUCAUUUUUAAAUACAAAAAACAAUAGCAGCGACGAAAAGCAAUUGUUUACAAUCUAAAAGAAAAAAUAAGGUUAAAAUGAACAUGUGCAUGAUGUGCAAUAUUAAGGGCACUUGGGCCUGUUUGUAAAAGAUUCUUAAUAUCAUCAAGAUGGCAGCACAGAAACAUAAAUUAUUUAGUGCAACUUUCUAGUGGCGUAUAGACCCCAACACUUCAUUAAUAUGCAUUUUGAGAAAAAUGGCACUUGGACCCUUUUGCAUAUUUCACUCUUCAAAUUAUAAUUUGAAAUAUUAAACUCUGAUGUCUUAAACCUAUUUAAAAACGAUUUUAAAGAUGUUCUUUUUUUUUUAAUCUUGUAAUGCAUCAGUUUUAUUAAACUUAUAAUAAAAAAUUAUAUGUACUAAGCUGCAAAACUGUCGAACAAUUUAGGAAUGUUUGUUGUAACAUCGCGCGAAAACCUGUUUUAUUAUUUUUUAGUUUUACUAUUUAAGAUAUUAUUAUAUAAUUUUAAAAUUGUUUGACGUUUUGUGGAUUUACGAUUUUAUAUGUUAAGCUAUGCCUAAGUAUUUUCUUUUUUUGUUAAAAAUAUGUAGCAUUACCUGACUUCUCAUCAUAAUAAUAUUAUAGAUUGUAUUGACCUAAAUGUUUUGGUAUAAUACACUUUAUAAAAAUAUAUUACGUCAAAAUUAAAAAAACUAUUUAAACCAA